CCUUCCCGCCGGUCAUAACCGGUGAAGUUUAUGGUAGCUACCGGUAGGUUCGGUAACCAGGGGUCAAUGGUAUAAGAUCUGUGGGGUUUAAGCAAAAGUUGGGUGGUCUUGAGAGGGUUUUGGCGAUCAGAGAAAAAACAGACAGAAUAAAGAAAUUAUUUUCCUUUUUUGGAGAGGAAAAAGAAAUUAAGAAUUUUGAGAGUAAAUCCCAAAUGGCUUUUGUUUGAAACACACAGAAAAUUUUCCCUUUUGUUUUCUCGGGAAAAUAUGGGACAGAACAUAGAAGAGAGUUGUUUUUUUUUUUCCUUCUGGGAAGAGAAUUUUCAAAUUUGUUAGUUCUUUCUGCGAUCUUACGUUUGGCUGCGAAUUUCGUGUUUUGAGCGAACGUUUCAUUGUUUAGAGGUGAGAAAAUCGGUUUUUUGUUGAUUUUCCUUUGUGAAUUCCUCGAAAGUUUUGAACUUUUUCAUGGGUUUUUGUGGUCAAGUUGGGGCCUUUUGUGUUUGGUUGCCGAGAAAUGGUGUGAAAGUGGAAGGAAAAAUUCGAUUUCAGUGGUAAUUCGAGAACAGAGUUGUUAAAUGAACCCAACGUUUUAAUCUUUUUAAGCUUACAAUUUUUAAACAAUCAAAUGCCUGUACUUUUUUGCCUCUGUUUUUCAAUUUUCUUUUAAAAAUUCUUAAAUUUUGUCACUUUUAAACGUUAAAUUCUUCUGUUUGUCGAUAAUUUGGGUCAUAACAUUUUCGAUCUGGGAUUUUGGAGAUAAUUUAUUGGAAAAACAGAAGAGAUGAUCAAAGAUUCUUUAUCAGUUAUCUAUAAGUUUUUUUUUUUGUUUGGUUUUUGGAGAUUGAUCUUUUGUUCAGGGUUUUAGAUCUUCUUAAAAGCAAAAUUGUAUAAAUUACCAGAAUUUCUCGGGUAGAUGCCUGAAUUAGUUAUUUGGAAUUGGAUCCUUUGUGACAGGGUUUUGUUAUGGUUUAAGGGUUUUUCUUUUUAAGUUUAAUUUGCUAAUUUCUCUUUAAUUCCUUCUCCAGCUCUCUCUUGAAUUUGGAAAAUUCUGAUGUUUUGAACAGGGAAUUCCUUUUUUUUUUUUCCUUUGUUUUUAAGUCUCCAUCAGUUCUCUUCCUUUUCAAUGUUUCUUUCAAGUUGACAAAUUUAUGGUUCUAUUUAUCUCAUGUUUGAUGCAUAAGCAUGUGUGUGUGUCUGUUUUUUUUUUUUUAAAAUAAAAAUAAAAGGCCUUUUUUAUGGAGAGGGAGGGUUGAUGGUGGCAUGGAUUUUCCAUCAGAUUGUGUGGAUCAUUUUGAAAUUACAAUUACCGGAUCGAGUCAGUGCCCUUUGCUUCUGGGUUUACUGACAAUUGUGAAAAUGUCUCUGUGGGUUUUUUUUUUUUUUCUUUUUUGGGGGUGAAUGAAUGGAGUUGGAGGCCUGGAUUCCUAUGUAAAAGUUGAAGAUAACCAGUAAAAGGGUCUAAGCUUAGUUUGGACAUCAUACUCGUAUCUCUUGGAAAUUGAUUCAAAAAUGCUGUGAAUUACAUAUGAUGUGUUCUUUGCGGUGUGAUCUUUGAGAUAUGGUGUUGCAGAAGAGGUUAGACUAUGGAUUCAAUGGCUAUCAGGUGCCUGCUACUCCGCGAGCAACCAGAUCUGCCAGGGUAAUAUAUUUUAUUGUGACGAAAAGGGUUCCAUUUAGAAAGAGAGUUGAAGACAGUCAAGUAGGUGCAUUUGACUUACUGGCCACUGUAGCUGGAAAGUUAUUACUAGACAAAGAAUGUUCUCGUGCUUCUACUAAUACAUCGAGUGCUGAAGAUCAGUCUGGAGUUGAAAAAACUACUGUAAAAGAGGAAAGGCAAGAUGGAGAUCAAUCAUUGAAGCUAGAAACUUGCAAUCAUGAAAGCACUAGUAGGGAAUUCUAUGUUUCUGAGCUUGUUUCACAAACUAAUGACCCAAACUAUAGUUCUAGGGAAUCACCAAGCCUUCAAAAUGAUGCUCAUUUAGGAUUUGCCUCUGUUAUAACAAGUUCUGAUUGUUCAGAACGAUUUGAUGCUCAGAAGUUGAUGAAUGGAAAAAUCAAGAAUGAAAUGGGAAGCUUGCCUUGUAAGGUAGAGACAGGUCCCUUUCUGUGUGGUACAUCUGGUGGUUGUCUUAAACCAGAGGCUGAAAAUAAAAGGCUGAAAGAUGAGGAGCUGCAUGGAACUGAUAAGGUUUCGACUGGAGAAGUAGCUGAUACAUGCCCCUUAGAGGAUCCAGUGGUCUUGGAUGGUAAACCUCCUCCUCUAGUUAGUUCAGACAGUAGUGGUAAGCUACGUUCAUGUGGGGACCACAAUCCCCUUAGGUCUUUUCCCUUGAGAAGGGAUGAUGUAAAUGUAGUUAGUAGAGAUGAUGAUGAAAAAUCUUCAGGGUGUACUCACCCUAGCCGCAUAAAAGAUUCAUUUAGGUCAACACCUUGUAUCGGAGAUCGAAGAAUAAGGAAGAUAUUGGCUUCUAAAUACUGGAAAGUAGCUUCGAAAUUGAAGGAUGUGACAUUUUCCAAUUCUGAUGAGAAUUCAAAGUCUGGUUACUAUGGUAGGAGCACUUACAAAUGCUUAAGAUCUGAAAGGAACUAUCCUUUCAAAAAACGGAAGUUUUUACACUAUAGCUCAGUGUCAAAUUCGGAUGGAGGAACCAGCAAUGAGGGCAUUUCUGACUCACCUGAGAAGAGCAUCAAUGGAAAUACUGCCAGUGUAUACCCAAAGAUGCAUGGAGUCACUGGAGAAUCUUCCUCACUAGCAGACCAACGCAAAUCAUUUCAUUCUAGGGAUUCUCAUGUGAAGCUUAGGAUCAAAUCUUUCAGGGUGCCAGAAUUGUUUAUCGAAAUUCCAGAAUCUGCAACUGUUGGUUCAUUGAAGAGGACUGUUAUGGAGGCAGUAACAGCGAUACUUGGAGGCGGAUUGCGCGUUGGUGUACUUCUUCAAGGAAAGAAGGUUAGGGAAGACAACAAAACUCUGCUGCAGACGGGAAUUUCUCAUGAUGACCAGAUGGAUGCUCUGGGUUUUAGCCUGGAGCCUAACCCUUCACAAACUUCCCCUUUGUUAUGCCCUGGAAGUUCUCCCUUAAAAUGUCCCUGUGACACUCCUCUUCCUCUGGCUAGGCAUCCAGCAAAUCCUGGUUUAGUUAAUCAGGUUACUUGUGAUCCCUCACCUGAGCCUCACAUGCUUAAUUUGGGCAACUUUGUUGAAAGCGAUCAUGAUUCUGCACCUACUGACAUGUCAUUGGGAAAAAACCUAACUGAUUCUAAAGCUCUGGUAGCUGUACCAGCAAUGAGUGUGGAGGCACUAGCUGCGGUUCCAGCUCAUAGGAAAUCCAAGCGAUCUGAAGUUGUGCAGCGUAGAAUUCGUCGACCUUUCUCUGUUGCUGAAGUUGAAGCCCUGGUUCAGGCUGUUGAGAAACUUGGAACUGGAAGGUGGCGUGAUGUUAAAUUAAGAGCCUUUGAUAACGCGAAGCAUCGCACUUAUGUGGAUUUGAAGGAUAAGUGGAAAACACUAGUGCACACGGCAAGAAUAUCCCCCCAGCAAAGGCGGGGAGAGCCAGUGCCCCAGGAGCUCUUGGACAGGGUCCUAACAGCGCAUGCCUACUGGUCCCAGCAUCAAGCCAAGCAGCAACUGAAGCCACAGCAGCCAGAGACCUGCCUUCUUCUUUACAACACUCCAAAAUAAAGAGCUAGUAGCAGAUAUGAUGUUGAUGAAAAAAAACUUAGUUUAAUGAUGGGUUUAGUGAAUGAUUUUCUAAUCAUUUUUUUUUCUCUUAGUUUCUUGUAUUUUUAUUGUGAUUAUGUAAAAAAGUUAUGACAAGGAAGAAACAGAAGUACCAAGAAAUCCAUGUAAUAUUUUAUCUGCUCUUGCCUGAUUCUUCUCUUGCAAUGGAGAGGCUUGGCCUUUUUGUAAAUGGAUGUUGAUGAAAUAAGAGCUUUUUAACUCAGUUCAAUUCA